AAUCCCUGAGAAUAAUUUGGUGUUAGGUGGCAGCACGGUUGUUUCUGGAUCGCUCGCUUUGGUUAGGAAGAAUAUUUCGCGGGUGUCCUGAGUUUAUGGGUAAUAUUUCCCAAGAUUCUUUGGUGUCCAAUCGUCAGGUGUAGAAAAUUCAGUUUAUCCGCGUAGAAAUUUUGAUGGCAUAUCGAUUAAGUGAGAAGCGAAAGAGAAGGAUAAAUAUUUUGUUCCAAAAAGAAAUGCCACUCAGCACGGUUUUUACCGAUCCCGUUGUUGACAUACUCAUACGGGAAAAUGGCGAAAGAGAGUGUUUCAUUGAUUUAACUCGUGUUUUAAGCUAUACGCCGGUAAGAAAUUAUGUCAACACAGGAUGAAGAAUCAUCAACGGGUUUUGUCACGAGUACUAUUACCAAUCAGGAUGAAACCGGUACAGUUUUACACGAAUUAUCGAAUAAUUCAAAUGACGUUUUGGAAUGUCUAUCGGUGAUGAUCGACGAGGGAAAUGUGAAUAAUGUUCAGGUACAAGAACUUAUUCUGGAUGAACAGCUGCUUGGUACUACUACAUUGACUGCAAUAACAUUACCCGAUGGAACCCAAGCAUACUUGACAAACAACUUUAGCGACGAUGAAUCUCCGCUUAAUGGGGAUGCAGCCUUGGAACUGGAAAAUGGAGACACUAUUUUCCUGAGAGAUCUAUCCGAAUUUGCGGAUGGUAAAACACUUCAAUUGGAGGUAGAUCCAGCAUUUUUGGAUCAAAAUACAUCUGUAGACAUUGCAUCUGUAGAAAAUACAUAUCCACAAGUAGAAUUUAUUAAUGGAACAGCGUAUGUGGUUGCUAGUCAUUUAAAUGUUGCCGAUGACUUAUGGGAGAUAGAAGAUGGCAAAUUAAAAAAGAAAGAACCUAAAAUUUUAAUGAACAAAUUAUCUGAACAAAAAAUACGACACCCUUGUCCUAGAGAGGGAUGUACAAAAGUGUAUAGUACACCGCAUCAUCUCAAGGUGCAUGAACGUUCUCAUACCGGACAACGACCAUACAGAUGCACCUAUACAAAAUGUAAAAAAGGUUUUUCCACCGGUUAUAGUUUGAAAGCUCAUUUACGGACGCAUACUGGAGAGAAGCCUUAUAAAUGUCCUAAUGAUGCAUGCAAUAAAAGUUUUAAAACAUCGGGAGAUUUAUUAAAACAUGUUAGAACGCACACAGGUGAACGUCCUUUUGUGUGUCCAUACGAAGGAUGUGGUCGAUCCUUCACAACGAGUAAUAUUAGAAAGGUACAUGUAAGAACACAUACCGGUGAACGUCCAUAUAAAUGUACGCAACCAAAAUGUGGUAAAGCUUUUGCCAGUGCGACAAACUAUAAGAACCACAUUCGUAUACAUUCUGGGGAGAAGCCAUACGUAUGUAACAUAGAGAAUUGUGGAAGAAGAUUUACGGAAUAUUCUAGUCUUUAUAAACAUCAUCUUGUUCAUACACAAGACAAGCCCUUUGAGUGUAAUAUAUGUUUUAAGAGAUACAGACAAAGUAGUACACUUGUAAUGCACAAAAGAACAACGCAUCCAUUAGUUGAUAGCGAUGACAGUACUGAUAUUUUUUUACAAGAUACUUUAGAUGGAUCUAUUCAAAGCAAAAAUAAAGAAAAACAUGGUACAAUAAUAGAAAAUAAAUUAACAAUCGAAAAGGAAACGCAGCUUCAAGUUUCUAAAGUUUCCGAAAAUAUAUCAGAUUCUGAACCACAAAUUUUAUUAGUUAGCGAUCCAUCUCACAUAGCCGCUUUACAGCAAAUUGGAUUGGAUGAUAGUUUUGUUGAUCCUCCAAUAGACACAACCUUCGAAGGAUUAAACAUAAAAAUCGAAGACAUAGAGUUCGGUUGGAAUUAGUGCAUUAUUAUCAGGGAAUCUUGUCUCUUAGUAUAAACUACUCUAUAUCGAUACAGUCUUAUGAAGUACUGUAUUAUUAACAUGGUACAUCGUAAACCAUAUAAAAGACUAUGGAAACUUGCAGAUAUUGCAUAAAAGGGUUUAAUAAGUAUUUAGAUUUUAGUCGAUAAAUCGUUAUAAAUAAAGCCAUUUAAAUGUAUAAAGUCUUAUUAUAACAAUGAGCAAAUGACAAAAUCAGGUAAUUAAUCAUAUUUAUUAUGAUAAGGUACCAUCAAUUAUUAAGUUCAAUUGUUAUACGCAAAAACAGCAUUAUUAGGACUGUAGGUAUGUAAAUGACACUUUAUUCGAUUAUUGUUUUCCUUAUCAUUAUCGUUCAAACGAAGGGCACACUCAAUGCACUAUUCGUAGCAUUGACGAGAAAGGAUAAGAAAUGAAAGUAACAAAACACAUUAUAUACAAAACAUAUUAUAUAUAUGAUAUAGUCAAAUAAUUAUCAUAAUAUGUAUGUUCCUUGUGUUAGAUAAGCAGUCGUAGCGGUAAAGGAUUUAUUUCUCAAUUGGUUAUAUAUUGAAAUUUAUUUCGUUCAUUAACGUUUCAUAACUAAGGACAUAGAUUAGAAUUAAAUAUUGGUUCCCUUAUUAAUGAAUAUUUAUAAUUUAGACAAAAAUAUAUUUAAUUAUGCAGUAUAAUUGUAAAUUAAUCUAUCUAAUGGCUGUUGAAGCAAAAACAAAAUCGGUCGUGUAGAUAUAUAUCGUGGAUAGAACUUGCGUAAAACCGAAAGAAAUGGCGUUUUGGCGUUUUUGUCGUUGAAAUGCUAUGUU